CGGUGAUGGGCCCGGGGAUGAACCUGUCCUCCGAGAAAGCAUGGUUGAUCUAGCUCAGCGCUGCUUUGAGGUCCUAAAACUGUCACGUAUAUAUCUGCUCGCGACGGCGCUUUCUGGACGACGAUAACAUGUCGUCGUCGCUCCUAGCCCGUGUCUUCAUUGUGCGCCACGGCGAGACUGCCUGGAACAAGGACAACAGGAUGCAGGGCUGGCUCGAUAUACCCCUGAACGACCUCGGGAUCUCGCAAGCCCGGCUCACAGCGGAGGCGCUCAAGGAUACCCCGCUGGAUCGUGCGUUCACGAGCGAUUUGCAGCGGGCUUCCAAGACGGCAGAAAUCAUUCUAGAGCAUCAUCCUGGAGUUCGACUCGAGAAGCACCAGUGGCUCCGCGAAAGAUUUCUCGCAGAGCUGCAGGGCCAGAUUGCCCCGGCACGCAAUCGGAAUCCGUCUGGCAUGAUUGAGACGUCGAAGGCGGUCGCCGAGCGCUCAACGAAGGGCUGGGAGCAGUACAUCGUCGAGUACAUCAAGAGCUGCUCCGCCAACAGUUCGGUCGACGGACGGUGCCGCUACAUACUCGUCACGAGCCACGGCGGCCUCAUCUCGCGCUUGGUUCGCAAGCUGCUUUUGACGAAGGCGGUGCGCUGGCGUCCCGGCCCCGAGGAGUCGGGAGAGGCCCCCCAGAUGCCGGAUCGUGUUGCGAACGCGAGCAUCUCGAUCGUGGACUUCACGCUCGAGCAGCUAGAGUCGGGGGAGAGCAGCAUACAGGGCACGCUGGUGCAGUACUCUGACACGAAGCAUCUGGCGGGGACUGUUGUGCACGAGACGAAUGCCGAUAUGGCUGCGCCGGCAUGAGGAUCGGAGGGUUCACCACUUAGAUGAGUCUCGUUUGCGCUGCCUCUACGUUGACCGCGUUUUGUUUCCGGGAUUUCUUGGCCAUCAGCUAUGUAUUAUACCUAUAUCUUAGGCUAUCGCAGGACGCAAUCAAAAGUUCCA